AUGAAUUCUUUAAGUGAUAACGAAAAAAAAGCUGCAAUGAAAGAAAAGUUUGAAUCUUUACUAAAUAAGCGUGAUGUGAAAGAGAACAGUUCUUCGCUCACCCGUGAAAAAUUAUUAAGUUUGAUAGCUGAUGUAAAGAAAUCUAAAACAUCAGAUAAGAAAGUGCCACGUGAUUAUUGGUUACUUCAACAUUACGAUGUCCUUGAAGUUCAAGGAGUAGAAAAAUUAAUAGUCCCAGUAACAAAUGCAACAUCAGAUGUAAUGUUUUAUUGCUCAAGUGAUUCUUUGUUUGACAUUUUGCACGAAACUCAUUUAUCUAUUGGGCACGGUGGUAGAGACCGAAUGAUAAAAGAACUUAAUCUUCGUUACAAAAAUAUUACGCAAAAUGAUAUUAAGGUUUUCCUGAAUUUUUGUGAAUCUUGUCAACAAAAACGCAAAGCGGGCAGAAAAAAUGUCGUUGUUAAGCCCAUGAUUUUUUCACAUAUGAAUUCAAGAUGUCAGGUUUACCUCAUAGAUUUUCAAUCACAACCUGAUGGAAACUAUAAAUUUAUUUUAGUUUAUCAAGAUCACCUUACAAAGUUUGUGGUUUUAAGACCUCUUCAAACAAAGAGAGCAGAAGAAAUUGCAGGACAGUUGCUUGAUAUUAGCCCCAUGUUUGGAGCCCCAUGUAUAUUGCAGUCGGACAAUGGAAGAGAAUUUUGUAACAAACUUAUUGAUGACUUAAAAGUAAUUUGGCCAGAGUUUAAGAUCGUGCAUGGCAAACCAAGACAUAGCCAAAGCCAAGGCCAAGGCAGUGUUGAGAGAGCCAAUCAGGACAUAGAAAAUAUGUUGACGACUUGGAUGCAAGACAACCAGUCAACUUCGUGGAGUAACGGGUUAAAAUUUAUCCAGUUUAUGAAGAACAGAGCGUUCCAUUUUGGUAUUAAAAGAUUCCCCUACGAGGAUAUGUUUGGUUGCGCAGCCAGAGUUGGAUUGUCAACAGCUGCCAUUCCGAAGGAAGCACUUAAUUCGUUGGUUGACGAAGAUCAAUUACAAAAUACUUUGACUGCAAUGAAUGUUUCUUCUCAACCUGAUAAUGAAAAAGUAAUUGAACAAACAGUAUUAAAUAAUCCCAUUAAGAAGCUAUAA